AUGAGUAGACAACCGAAUCGACAUGUAGCCAGUAAACCGAAGAUUAGACAAUUCCCAGUAAGUUAUUUUGGAUUUGAAUUUUUCGGAAUUUAGGUAGUGUAAUAUUCAAAAGUGGGUAAAAUCGAAAGUUUUUGCGAUAUCUUUUUGGUGCAAGAUGUCGCAAAGCUGGUUCGCGGCACUAUGCGGCUAUUUUUGGUCCAAUCUUGCUUAAGUAGUAGUAAUAAACGACAUUCUGGCCAAUUGUAACAUCAGCCCCGAUAUUGAUAAUAUAAGGCUGGUGUUCCGCGUCGAAAUUUUUUCAAAACGAUCGAAAUUCGCCUGCAGACAAGCAAAUUUUAGGUGCAGGCAGAAUUUGGAUUUCGUAGGACAAUUUUUUUGCCAUGGAUCUGACAACAAACUUCUCGUUUCUGAUUCCACUCAAUUUUUUGGUGCCUUUGGCAUCUUUUCCUAUGACUUGCUGUGGAAAAAGGGGCGGGGAAAUGCAAAAAAAGGUGUCGGCGAACCGGCGAAUUUCGUAGCUUUGGAAUGGGAAGAAAAAGUUGCCGGAAGAUUUUGGGAUUCGCGAGCAAAUGUUGUCGGCGGCUUUCCGAAUCGGCCGGCACCCGAAAGUCGAGCCUUGAUGAUAAAAAUUUGGAUAAAAUUUUCGAAAAAGUAAAACAGCCUCGAAAAUUAUCAUAAACUCGUUGAUUUCAGAGGACCAUUGACGACGAUGUGGUCCAAACUAUUUGGGACAUGCUCAAGAAUGCUCUCAACGAAAUCCUCCAGAAGAAACAUUCUGGUUUAUCAUUUGAAGAACUCUACAGAAAUUCAUAUAAUAUGGUGCUCAAUAAACGGGGAGAAAUCCUGUAUAAUGGCCUCAUCGAGGUCCUAACACAACAUUUAGCCUUUGAUGUAAGUUUUUUGCUCUUUUUUUUGUUGUGUUUUAGGUACGAAUUUGAAGGAUUUGAACAAUUUUGGACCUGAUUUUAGGUCUGUCGACAAGUGGAAGAAUCAAUUGGAGGGAAUCGCUUCUUAGACACACUAAAUAGGGUCUGGCAAGACCAUGAAACGGCUAUGACUAUGAUCAGAGAUAUUUUAAUGUACAUGGACAGAGUGUACGUGGAACAAGCGAAAGUGGAAAAGGUUUAUAACUUGGGAUUGAGAUUGUUCCGAAAUGAAGUCAUUGAUCAUGCCUCUAUCAAUUCGCAUUUAAAGGUAAGGCAGUUGAUGGUAUUUUGGGAGGGGUUUUAUGGGGAUGAGAAGGAUUUGAACUUUAUUUUUUUCCAAUAUUGCACUUGAUGUCAAGUGUAAUAUAAAAAAUUUUUACUUAUCAUAUUGUUUUAGGCUACGUUGUUGUCCAUGAUUGCCUCAGAACGCCAAAAAGAAGCCAUUGAGUGGCUCAGCUUGAAGAAUGCCAUCCAAAUGCUUGCCGCUCUUGGCCUGGACGACAGGAGUUACUAUGAAGAACAAUUCGAGAAUCUCUUCCUCCAUGAGUCGGCUGAGUUCUACAAAAAUGCAGCUCAGAAAUUCCUGGAACAGAACUCAGCUUCGGCUUAUAUCAAGAGGGUCAAUGAGUGUCUGGAAGACGAGGCCCAGAGAGCGGAAAAAUAUUUGGACAAACGAACCGAAGCCAAGAUUAUUAAGGUGAGUUCUUGUGGGAUUUUGAAAAUUUUGGUAACUGAAAAUACUGAAUAAGAUAAUUUCAGGUCCUAAAAUCCGAAUUGAUCGAAGCCCACAUGCGCGCGGUCAUCGGAAUGACCAACUCCGGCAUGGUGUUCAUGCUGACCAAUGAGAAGAUCUCAGAGCUCCGCUCCAUGUACGAAUUGUUCCGAAAAGUGCCAGAAGGAGUCGCAGUGAUGACCGAGUUCAUGUCCAGUUAUCUCAGAUCUCGAGGGCAAUCGCUGGUCCAAGAAAAUGAGAAUACAAAUGGAGUCCAGUUCAUCCAGGUAGGAGAAGAUAAAAUUUGCUCGUAUUGAACUGGAUUUUGGAGAUAAUCGGAUCAUUUUAGCAAAUGAUCGACCUUAAAGACUUGUUUGACCGAUUCCUCAGCGAAUCCUUUUGCAACGAUACGGUUAUCAAGCAAAAAAUGCAGUCGGACUUUGUCUACUUCUUCAAUUUGUCCCAGAAAUCGCCCGAAUAUUUGUCCCUUUAUAUUGAUGAUAAGCUGAAGAAGGGUCUAAGAAGUGUCAAUGAAAACGAUGCUGAGCAAGUACUGGACAAGUCUAUGAUCCUCUUCAAGUUCCUGCAGGAGAAAGAUGUCUUUGAACGUUACUAUAAACAACACCUAUGCAGGAGAUUGUUGUUCGGAAAAAGUGUCAGUGAUGACUCGGAAAAGAGCAUGAUCGCCAAGCUAAGGGUAAGUAGAGGUUGGAUGGUGUAAGAUAGUGAAAGUUUGGGGGUUUGGAGAGGAAAAAUUGGGAAUGUAGAAUUGUGGAAUAUAAAGUUAUAUAAUUUUUGGGAUUUUUUUUUGUGUUUUUUGCAUUCUAAAGUCAGAUAAAAUGAUAGUAUAGUAUUGAAUAUGUUAGACGAGAAGAUUUUUGAUUUCUGAGAAAAUUUCCCUAAAAUACGAUAUAUUUUUUUGGACUUUCGUUAUUAAUAUUGGUAGUUUAUGAUGCGAUCUUAAAAAUAAAAAAAAUAGAAAAGGUUUUCAUAGAAAAUUUCGGAAUUUGAGAGAAUUCUUACGCAAAAUAAUAGUCAUUUUACGACGGAAAACAUAAUUUUUAUUUUCAGACCGAAUGUGGAUGCCAAUUCACGUCGAAACUGGAAGGAAUGUUCAAGGACAUGGCCCUCUCAGAAACCAUCACCGACGAAUACCACGCCCAUUUGAACGCGAACCCAGAAACUGACCAAAGUCACAUUGAUUUGUCGGUGAACGUCCUCACGAAGGUUUAUUGGCCAACGAAUCAGUCGGAGCCGUGUGAAUUACCACUUAGUGCCAAGCAAGCGUUCGACGCCUUCUCGGCAUUCUAUGUAUCCAAACAUAAUGGACGAAGAAUCGCGUUGAACCCGGCGUUGGGAUCUGCGGAUGUGAAAGCCAUCUUUUAUGGAGCUCAAAACAUGGAUAGUUCGGUGAGUUGAGGGGAAUUUUUAGGGUGAUUGGACAGUGAAAUGGGGGAUGGGAGACGUUUGGAACAAUUGGAAUAAUUUAAAUUUUGAUUUUCUUCAGGAAGCCGGCCCCUCAAACGCCGUCGCCCGCCGGGAAGAACACAAAAUUCUGCAGUGCUACACCCACCACAUGGUGAUCCUGAUGAAGUUCAACGAACGCCCCAAAUACACCCUCAAAGACCUGAGGGAAGCCACGAAAAUUGCAGACAAGGACUUUAAGCGGGCUUUGAUGUCCUUGGCCAUGGGAAAAGUGAGUCAGCGGAUCUUGAGUCGGACCAAAGGAAACGGAAAGGAGCUGGCGGAUGAGGAUGAGUUCGUUGUGAACGAUGGAUUCACUUCCAAGCUGACUAGAAUCAAAAUUCAGAUGGUGUCGGGGCGAGGAGAGACGGAACCCGAAAGAAAAGAGACCAGGGAAAAGGUCAAUGAUGACAGGAAACAUGAGAUUGAAGCGGCCAUUGUGAGGAUUAUGAAGGCCAGAAAGAAGUCGCUACACAAUGAUCUCAUCACCGAGGUUAGUUUUUUUUUAACAAAUUUGAGCUUAGAAAUCAAUUUAAAGGGGUAUAUGGCCAAAUAGAAAUCUGAAAUUGAGAUUUUUCAAAAAAAUUUUGCCUAGUGUAAUAUAAAUUUUGGAAGAAUCUUGUGGGGUUUUUGGAAUAGAUAGUCGAUUGCCAGUGAAAAUCAAAUAGCAAUUUGGGCUUAGAAGUCAAUUUAAGGGGGUAUAUAGCCAAAUAGAACGUCGAAAAUUGAGAUUUCCCAUCAAAUUUUGCCUAGUGUAAUAUAAAUUUUGGAAAAAAAUUUGUGACGUUUUUGGUCUAAAUAGAGCUGAUUAGCUGUGAAAAUCAAAUAGCAGUCGCUGCGGGUAGUAAAUUUAAAUUUUCAGGUAACGAAUCAGCUGAAGAUCCGCUUCAUGCCCGACCCAAGUGUAAUCAAGAAGCGAAUCGAGAGUCUGAUCGAACGCGAGUACCUAAAACGCGACCAAAACGACCACCGCGUGUACCACUACGUCGCGUAA